CUGCUCAGGUCUGUUAUGACAGGCUGGGGUGCUUCGUAGACACUGUGCCGUGGGCUGGGACUCUACAGAGGCCUCUUGGCAAACUGCCUUGGCCUCCAGAAAGAAUCAACACCAACUUUAUUCUCUACACCAAGCAAAACCCCAACACCUCCCAGAAAAUAUCAGCACUAAAUCCAUCAUCCAUUUUGACAUCAAACUACAAAGGAAACAAAACCACCCGCUUCAUUGUCCACGGUUUUAUUGACAAAGGAGAUGAAAACUGGCUCAAGGACAUGUGCAAGCUGAUGAUGCAAAUAGAAGAUGUGAACUGUAUCUGUGUCGACUGGCAAGGAGGGUCGAGAACUGGCUACAUUCAAAGUUCCAAUAACAUCCGAGUCGUUGCGGCGGAAAUUGUGUACUUGAUCAAAUACUUACAGAGCAACUACAACCAGGCACCUGCUGAUUUCCAUGUUAUUGGCCAUAGUUUAGGGGCCCACUGUGCUGGAGAGGUUGGCAGGAAAAUCAAAGGUCUGGGAAGAAUAACAGGCCUAGACCCUGCAGCGCCUUACUUUCAGAACACAGAUAAUUUAGUCCGAUUGGAUGCUAGUGACGCAGUUUUUGUUGAUGUCAUCCAUACCGAUUCUGCGCCCAUGUUCCCUUAUUUUGGAUUGGGAAUACCCCAAGCUGUUGGACACCUUGACUUCUAUCCAAAUGGAGGAGAACGCAUGCCUGGAUGUAAUAAGAAUAUUAUUUCACAAAUGCAUUUGAAUGGCAUAUGGGAAG